AUGGGGUUAACUCUUGCAAUCACAAGAAAUGGUCCAAAAGAGGUUGUCUCUAUCCCAACAUUAAGAAUAGUAUUGAAACUCGUGACGAUAUUAUUUCUCGUACGUAGAAAGCAAGCGGUCGGUAAUGUUCUUACCACAUUGGUUGCCAAUGAAAGUGGAUUACACAAAAAGAGGGGUUUAAUGACAUACAACGUAGAACAGUUCUAUAAGUGUCCGUUAAAUAUGGUAAAAUUUGAUAAAUCAAAAACUGUAAAUAUGAUCAAAUUUUGUUAUUUAAUGAAUACUUUUACUCCAUUCAAUGCAUUGUUACAAAUACAUACUUUAACAACCUCUAAAUGGCCAAAUCUAGCUGCACCUUGA